CGAUAUGUUGUCGCACAAUUGCUCCUCCCCGCUAGCUUAUUCUAAAUGCCCCCGGUAGCUACGCCCUUUCGUGCCUCCUCCCGUCGCAGCGCAGGCCCGCAAUUCGCGUCAACUCCGCGGUUCUUCCUCUCACAAACACCUGCUUCAUCGAGGCCAUCUCAAGAGAUCGAUUCCAUUGACCAGGAUGACUUUGCAUAUGCCACACCUGCUCCAUCUGCACGUAAUUUAAAACGUGAGAGAGAGCAGGUACCCACUCCUCGCCCGAAAGAGUUUAUUGAAGACUUGGACCAGCCAGACGAUGACGCUGCACCUAACGAAGGCGAGCUUCAGAGCAGCUCUCCACCAGAGCCAGGGGAGCUCGACGCCUCCUUCGAUGAAGUAUUCGGAUCUAUAAGAGACCGUCAGAAGAGGCGUCGAGUCUCUGGGCAUAAUGACGCUGAUAACACUCCCUCCGUUCAACGACGGAGACCCGCCGACAGGAUCCUGUCAUCCUCCCCGGAUCCUCCAGCAGCAGCAGCAGCAGCAGCAGCUGACGAGACAACUCUAUCGGUACAAUUCCAAACACCAAAGCAAAUACGUCCAGAUCCGGGGUUCCGAAAACCAGAGCGGCCUGCGGAAACACCACAUCCUGUAACACCAGCAAGCAUCAACCCCUCCUCUCUUCAACCCCGUCGUUUCGUGCUAUCCGCGUCGCAACUACCCCCAAGUAGCCAGACUCAAGUCAACACCGCAAUACCACCCUCGACCGCAACUCCAGUCCCGAGCUCACAGCGGCGAACACCAGCAUUCGUCCUGCCUCGCUCUCCCUCCCCUCAGGAGGACGACGAACCCACCGGCAUCCCCACGCCGUUCUCGCCUUCCUCUCGUGCACUCCGACGGCGCGGCCGUCAUCGUUCUGCAGCGCACAACUAUGUUCCUGGUGGCAUGGCGGCGGAAGUGCGCAGCUGGAUUCUGGAAAUGGGCGCAAAAAGGGAACAGCAACAAACGAGUCCGAGCCAUUACCGCAGAACGGGUCCACCUUCGCUGGACACGUACGCGAUAGCCAUCCGGAUAACCUGUGCUCGUCAAUCGGCCCUGCCGAGUUGCGGCGCUCUGACAUUCGCACAGGGCCACACCGUGGAUCCUUCCGAGACUAACGAGACAGAUACUCGAUUCCAAACUCAGACCAAGAACGUGCUCCUUCUCGGACCACCCCGACAACAGAAGUCCCGGCAUGCAGCGACUCACAUUCCCGACCUUGAACCGGGGGAUGUGGUCGGAGUCUUUCGGGGACUAGCUUGGGAGGUAGAUCUAGGAGAGCCUGCUCCUGCUUUAGAAGUAGGCCUUGACCUCGACGGUCUCUCCCAAUCGGACCGUUCAUACAUGCAAAGUGCAGGUAAAUGGCAUGUGGGAAUGGAAUGGGAACUAAUCUUAUAG